UAAAACCGACCCGCCGAAAACAAUGUUCAUAUAAAAUCGCUGGUCAAACAGGUUGAAUUGUCAUUGGCAUCACAGGCAUUCAAGAAAAGCAGUAACAGCGAUGAAGUCCCUUUUGAUUGUCACCCUGCUGUUUGCAGUAGUUAGCAUAACUCUUGCAGAUCGACCCAAAACAAAAGCUGUACUUGAACAAGUAAAUCAUCUACGUCCCCGUUACAGAGAAAUUCAGGACUUCGUAAUUGAAACCCUUAGUGAUGCUCGUUUGAACACAUCGGCAAAGAUUAAUAUCUUCCAUCAGGAUAUUUUGCUAGUCAAGGAAACCUUUGUAUUGGAUGCCAUUCUAAAGGAAGAUGAAUUGCUCUAUCAGAUUGAUAAUCAACCAGCAGAAAUAGAUCGAUCAUGCUUAGCCUUUGUUCAAGCUUUGGCCGAAAGUAUCAUCAACCUGGCUGGCACUGCAUUCGCCAACUGCAUCGCCGAUGCCAGCACUGUUUUGAACGAAGAGGUCGCUAAAUUUUAUGCCCUUCUACAGCAAGAUGAAACCGAUUUUGUGGGCAUUGGAUUGUUGGAUGCAUUCGUGGGUGAGAACAUUUUCAAUGGACCGGACAAUAUUCUGCAAAAACUCGCUGACAAAUCUAAGCAUCUCGAAGAAGACCCGUUGUACCUGUUUGACGAAAUGUAUGCAGCCGUUAGAUCAUUCGGCAGCAUUCUGGAUGGGUUAGAGGCCAACUACGUCGUUUGUAUGACGGAAAGCGAACAACGUAUGAAAGGAGGCUUCGCGCUGAGCCAGGAUCAUAUGGCAAUGACAUGUCGUGCCGUUGAAAUUGGAGGAGGAAUCACGACACAAGCACCGGAACCAGAACCCGAACCAGAACCCGAGCCAGAGCCAGAGCCCGAACCAGAGGAAGAACACUUACCAAUUGAACAGGCAGUGAAGCGUGAGUUCCGCAAACGAUUUGGGCUGUAAUUUGGAAUGACCAGCAUUGAGUGACCUUUGAUAUUUUAAGUAAAGCAAAUAAAUUAUGAUUUAUGCAUA